CCGGGAGCGGGCGGCCACCGCCCGGGGCGGGGCUUGCGGCGCGGCGCGCGGGCGGGCCGAGCGGCAGCGCAGUCCCGUUAGAAGCCGCGCAGCGAGGCCCCACCGGCGCCGGAGGAGAGACCCGCCGCGCCCAGCCCGCCGCGAAGAUGCCGAAGACGAUCAGUGUGCGUGUUACCACCAUGGAUGCUGAGCUGGAGUUUGCCAUCCAGCCCAACACUACAGGGAAGCAACUCUUUGAUCAGGUUGUGAAGACAAUUGGUCUAAGAGAGGUCUGGUUUUUUGGACUUCAGUAUCAGGACACCAAGGGCUUCUCAACGUGGCUGAAACUGAACAAAAAGGUGACGGCACAGGAUGUGCGCAAGGAGAGUCCCCUGCUCUUCAAAUUCCGUGCCAAGUUCUACCCAGAGGAUGUGGCAGAGGAGCUGAUCCAGGACAUCACUCAGCGCCUCUUCUUCCUCCAAGUGAAGGAGGCAAUCCUGAAUGAUGACAUUUAUUGCCCUCCAGAAACAGCUGUCCUCCUGGCUUCUUAUGCUGUCCAGUCAAAAUAUGGCGACUUUAACAAAGAGGCGCACAAGCCUGGCUACCUUGGUAGUGACAAACUGCUCCCACAGAGAGUUCUGGAGCAGCACAAACUUAACAAGGACCAGUGGGAGGAGAGGAUCCAGGUGUGGCACGAGGAACAUCGAGGAAUGAUUAGAGAAGAUGCUGUCUUGGAGUACCUGAAAAUUGCACAGGAUCUGGAAAUGUAUGGUGUGAACUACUUCAGCAUUAAGAACAAAAAGGGCUCUGAACUCUGGCUUGGUGUAGAUGCUCUUGGACUCAACAUUUAUGAGCAGAAUGACAGGCUAACACCGAAAAUUGGAUUCCCUUGGAGUGAGAUCAGAAAUAUCUCAUUCAAUGACAAGAAGUUUGUUAUCAAGCCUAUUGACAAGAAAGCUCCAGACUUUGUAUUCUACGCCCCUCGGUUACGGAUUAACAAGCGAAUCUUGGCGCUCUGCAUGGGGAACCACGAGCUCUACAUGCGCAGGCGUAAACCGGAUACCAUUGAAGUGCAGCAGAUGAAAGCGCAGGCUCGGGAGGAGAAGCAUCAGAAACAGAUGGAGAGAGCCCUGCUGGAGAAUGAGAAGAAGAAGAGGGAGCUGGCAGAAAAGGAAAAGGAGAAGAUUGAACGUGAGAAAGAGGAGUUAAUGGAGAGACUUAAGCAAAUUGAGGAGCAAACCAAGAAAGCUCAGCAAGAACUGGAAGAACAGACCCGCAGAGCCAUGGAGCUGGAACAGGAGAGAAAACGAGCUCAGGAGGAAGCAGAGAAACUGGCUAAAGAACGUCGAGAAGCAGAAGAGGCAAAGGAGGCGCUCCUGAAAGCAUCCCAUGAUCAGCAAAAGACCCAGGAACAACUGGCUGCUGAGAUGGCAGAACUCACAGCUAGGAUCACGCAGCUGGAGCUAGCCAGGCAGAAGAAGGAGAGUGAGGCCCAGGAGUGGCAACAGAAGGCGCAGAUGGUGCAGGAGGACCUCGAAAAGACCAAAGAAGAGUUGAAGACUGCCAUGAGCACCCCCCACGUCGCCGAGCCCAUGCACUCUGAAAAUGAGCACGAUGACGAGCAGGAUGAGAAUGCCGCAGAGGCCAGCGCCGAGCUGCGGUCGGAGGCCACCAUCAAGGACCGCAGUGAAGAGGAGCGCACCACUGAAGCGGAGAAGAAUGAACGGGUCCAGAAACACUUAAAGGCUCUUUCCUCUGAGCUAGCAAACGCUCGUGAUGAAACCAAGAAGACAGCCAACGACAUGAUCCACGCUGAGAACAUGCGACUGGGCCGAGACAAGUACAAGACCCUCCGUCAGAUUCGGCAGGGCAAUACCAAGCAGCGCAUUGAUGAGUUCGAGUCCAUGUAAACUCUCCCCUGCACCUGCUGCCCCUCACUCUUCUCCCCUCUUUCCCAUCCUCUCCCAUCACUCACUCGUAAUCGUGCUGCGCUGGAACCACUACAGAAGAGUGACCAUGGUCUUAUUUAUAGAGUUUUGGGCAAGUGCUGCAGUUCAGCAGUGGAGGAAAAACCAACAUCUGCAUCUUCCUGGGAGUGGCUGGGGAAAGCAAGCUUGUAUUGGGGCAAAUUUGAAAUUGCUUGGCUUUGAGUAAAGUCUCACUGCAUUUAGUUCUGUAUUGCUUGUUGAAAUGGCUGUGUUGCUGCUCUCUCCCACUGGGUAAAGAGGCCACCAGAUACUUUGACUGAAUUACUUUGAGUAAACUGCUACAGUUUGACACCGUGCCUUCCUACUAACUUGCACAAACUUCAAUAUUAAGCUUAAUGGCCAGGGUCUAAAUUUCUGACUGUAUACAGGGUCUGACUCAUGUAGUUGAGAAGGGGAGGCUGGAGGUAGGGAAUAGGGGUUGGUGGUGUAAUACAGACUUUCUUCUAAAAGACCAAAGCUUUUGACCUUAAAACUUAAGCGGGCAGAAUAGAUAAAUAGUGGUGUUAAUAACAUCUUGUAUGACCCUGCUGGUGUUAGCUUUUCUUUUUUAAUGAUGAAAUUUUGAAUUUCCUAAUCAUGUGGAGGCCUUUGGAAUAUUUCCACCGAAGUGUGUUUUGGACCAUCAACUUCCCUGUUUUCCAGAAGAAAUGUUUUCCUCUGGAUAAAUUGCUUUGUUUACUGUCACUUGUCUGACUUGAAUGUAACCAGUGAAGCAGAAAUAGCUAAAGAACAUUGCCUUCCAUUUUGGGGUCACCAAUGGAAGCUUAGAGGGAUAGGCAGAAAUGCAAAGAACUAAAACUUGUUGUAGCUAUGUUUUUCCCUUGCUGUAAAACAGUAUACCCCUGGUUGUGGAAUGGGAUUUCAGGUGUUCAGAAGAGGCCUUUUUAACACAUAGUCAUUGGUGCCUUAUGACUGCGUAUAGAUCUGCUGUAGCUCAGAUGUCUUUGCUUAAACUAAAUAUAAUCAUAAAAAAUGAUGAGCAGCUGGGGACCAAAAAUUACUUUUUUAUCUGGGCGAUGUACAAGUUUGAAUCUGUCUUCCCAGCUUCCAGCAACAUCCGAGGGGAGAGGACCAUGAAGCAUUUGUCCAGCUGCUGCCUUAAUCCUCCCUCGCGUUCUGCUGGGUCCCUGGCUCUGGUGUUUUCCCUUCCCCAGAAGGAUGUGUUGCCCCUUUGCAGCUUUGAGAACGGAGGGCUCUGUCUGUUAGAAAUAGACCCUGGUGAUUGUGAGGAGACUUGUCCUGAGAGCUGGCUGGAACAAUUGCCAGUGCCCUUGGCAUCCCGUCUUCCAAGCUAUCUGUUCCUGUCCGUGCUGUAGCUACCCAGAAUCCUUUCCUCCGUUUCUGGGGAAGGAACAGCCAUGUAUGCUCAGGGUUGAAUUGGAUUUUGCCUUGAUCCUUCAUAGAAGGAAAUCUUCAACUUUAGAAGAGGCCUCUUUCAAGUGGAUUCCAUCUAAAAUGGAGUUCUCUUUUGCUUUGCCCUCCCUGGAUUGGCCUGUCCCUAUAGGAAGUCAUCAGGCUAGCCUAUAAUUUAACUAACUGCCUAGCACGAUCCUAAAUCUUACAGCUUUCCCAGUUUUGUGGAUGCCUCUCUUGUCUCUAUGGUAUCACUGUUAGUGGUAAUAGAAGGAAACAUCUGAAUAUGCUAGGACUCUUUCAGCUCCCUAUGCUAUGGGAAAGGUAAAGGGGAGCGUGCCAAAAAAGAUGUUCAUGUCAGUGUUAAUAAACUGCAGUGUUUCCCCAAGAAUUCCUUGGGCUGCUAGCAACAACCUCACCAGUGCUGUAUUUUUUCUUGGAAGCAAUACAAGCCUGUGUGGAGAUCCACACGACGCCAACCAACCAGACCUCUGCUGGGAGCAUCGCUCCGUGCCCCUUCUACGCGUCCAGCUAAGUCAGUGGGAGCCCCCUUCCCUCCCCCGGGCGCAGCGUGUCUCUGGCGAGUGACGCAGGGAGCCUUUGGUUGGCCGAAAACACAUGCCCCAGUGCUUUGAAUGUCACCAGUGAAAGGUUGCAGUUAAACCUGUCAGAACUGAUUUGCAUAUUUCUGUACUGAAGGGUUAUUGGCGCCAGCUCCACAUGAGUCUCAUUACUGGGGAACAAACAACCAUUACACUUCUGUUCGGGUGCUUCAAAGCUGGUUCUCAGCACUUCUGCUCUGUCCAUGGCAACUGCUGGUGCAUCUGGGGGGGAGGGUAAGCCCUUAUUACGUUUUAACAGUUUCCUAAUGAGAAGAUAUACGGUGCCUGGAAUAUAUGUUCAAAUAAUAAACCAGUAAACCUCUUUCUGCUUUGAUGGGUCUCACAAUACUGCUGAACUCAUGUAUUGCAGUGCUGGCGUGACUUCUGUUUAGAGGGUGUGGGGUUUUUUUGUUUUUGUUUCCUCGUUCUAAUUCCAAAUGGUCCAAUACAGGAAUAGAACGGCUUGUGCCAGUGAGUCCACCUAACUCCUUGUGUAGUUGUUUCAGCCUUGCCCUCUUCUUAACCAGUAUUAUAUUACAGUGGUAUCUAAUGAUAUUUGAUUUCAAUAUUUCUAGCUAUGCACAAUUAGAAAAUAUUAGUUAUGGGACGGAGGAUAUUUUUAUGGUCCCCCAUCCCUUGGAAAUGUAUACUGUAUUGUAAAGAGAUGAUAUUUUGCAAGAAAACUAAUGUAAGAAGCUUUCAGUAUUACAGUGAGAUUUCUAGACAUUUUUUUUAUUUUUAGAAUACAGUGAGUUUUUCUUCCUCUCCCUGUUCCAGAUUAAUUGGAUAAAUACUCCUCUUUGGGGUUGGAGGGAGGGAAUUGCCUUAAAAUGUUUGCCUGGCUUGUUUUUUCUUUUUUCUUUUCUUUUUUUUGGGGGGAGGGAUUGCUGUAAAUUAAAUUGAGGGGUUUUGGGGUUUUUUUGUUGACCAGUCUUUUUACUAGUUUUUAUUAAAGCAUCAGUGGGGCGAUUCAUGGGUCCAUGUGGUUAUCUGCAAAGAGCCUCGAUAUUAAGGUGUCUUGUUUUCCUAUUUGGAGGAGUUGUUAAAAUCCAUACCUUGUUCUUCCUACAGUGCCAAUAAAGUUUAGAGAAAAUCAACAGAAA